GCGCGCGCCUCUUCCCGGCUUGCCCUCCACUACUUCCCGACUGGGAGGUUCUGGGGUCGGGAAUCCCGUCCUCGCUCUGCUGGCAGAUCUUUGUUUGUGUUUGCGGAGACUGGAGGAAGCCUCCAGGAGCUAAUGGCUGCCGUUGCGUCUCAGUGUUCGUCGUAUUUGGGACGUCUGUCAUGUGGAGCUCCAGAAACGCUGGGCGUUGUGUCCGCUGGCUGGACAUAAGCAGCGAAUGGUGUUCUCCGUCCGGUUAAUAUGCAUAACGUUCUCGUCUAUUGGAGAACGGGAUUAUUUUGCUGAUGGACAGGUGAACGUGCCCAGGUGGUCUUGUAACAUUUGAAAAGCAAUGGAAGAAGCAACAAGCCAAAUGCAGCCCUUGAAUGAAAAUCAGGUGCCAAACUCUGAAGGAGGAUAUGUAUGGCAGGUCACUGACAUGAAUCGAUUGCGCCGUUUCUUGUGUUUUGGUUCUGAAGGAGGUACUUACUACAUCAAGGAACAAAAACUGGGCUUUGAGAAUGCUGAUGCUCUGCUGAGGCUUAUUGAAGAUGGCAAAGGCUGUGAAGUGGUACAGGAAAUAAAGACAUUCAGCCAAGAAGGCAGAGCAGCAAAACAGGAGCCCAUAUUGUUUGCGCUUGCUAUUUGCUCACAGUGUUCUGAUGCAAAAACAAAACAAGCAGCUUAUAAGGCUGUCCCUGAAAUCUGUCGCAUACCAACCCAUCUCUUCACUUUCAUUCAGUUUAAAAAGGACCUGAAGGAGGGUAUGAAAUGUGGCAUGUGGGGUCGUGCUCUGAGGAAAGCUGUUGCAGAUUGGUACAAUGGAAAGAAUGGCAUGGCUGUUGCCUUAGCAGUGACAAAAUACAAGCAAAGAAAUGGUUGGUCUCAUAAGGAUCUUCUCAGGUUAUCCCAUCUGAAGCCUGCAAAUGAAGGCCUUGCUGUGGUCACAAAGUAUUUAAUGAAAGGUUGGAAGGAAGUGCAAGAAGCAUAUAAAGACAAUACAUUUUCUACUGAGACUGAAAAACUAUUAAAAUAUUUAGAGGCAGUAGAGAGGGUGAAGCAUACAAAGGAUGAAGUAGAAGUGAUUCAUUUGAUAGAAGAGUAUAGUUUAGUUCGGGAACACCUUCUGACAAGUCAUUUGAAAUCAAAAGAGGUGUGGAAAGCUUUGCUGCAGGAGAUGCCCUUAACAGCAAUGUUGAGGAAUCUAGGAAAGAUGACAGCAAAUUCUGUUCUAGAACCAGGAAGCCCAGAAGUAACAAUAGUUUGUGAAAGACUAAGAAAUGAAAAACUUCUUAAAAAGGCUCGAAUACAUCCAUUUCACAUUUUGGUUGCAUUGGAAACUUACAAAGGAGAACGUGGCUGUCGGGGAAAACUUCGCUGGCAACCUGACAAGGAUAUUUUGGAAGCUCUUGAUGCUUCAUUUUACAAAACUUUCAAGGCAGUAGACCCAACAGAGAAGCGUUUCCUGCUUGCAGUUGACAUCAGCAGCUCUAUGUUGCAAAAAGUUUUGGGUAGCGUUCUGAAUGCUAGUACAGUUGCUGCAGCAAUGUGUAUGGUUGUUGCACGCACUGAAAAAGAUUCCCAUAUUGUUGCCUUUUCCCAUGAAAUAGUCCCAUGUCCAGUGACUGCAGACAUGACAUUACCGCAAGUGUUACAGAAAAUGUCUGAGAUUCCAAUGGGUGCCACUGAUUGUUCGCUUCCAAUGCUAUGGGCUCAAAAAACAGGUGUAGCUGCCGAUGUCUUUAUUGUAUUUACGGAUAAUGAGACUUUUGCUGGAGAAAUUCAUCCUGCCACAGCCUUAAGGAAAUAUAGGGAGAGAAUGGGUAUUCCAUCCAAACUAAUAGUUUGUGGAAUGACAUCCAACGGCUUUACGAUUGCAGACCCAGAUGACAGAGGCAUGUUGGAUAUAUGUGGCUUUGACACAGGAGCACCAGAUGUCAUUCGAAACUUCACUUUGGAUUUGAUUUAAAGUUGUGAGCACCAGCUUUGAUGAUUCAGUCAGUUCUCAGCUGAAGACUUUGAUCUGGGUCUCCCAGUCAGACUGUACUAACUUAUGGCUGAAUUUGAUGCACCUAUCGAUAUGCUUAACAUUGUUAAGGGGAUGUGAAGAGAAUUAGAAGUGAAAUUCACUUUCCGAGGAGGCUGUUUACAUCUCUUGCAUAUAGUUUAAAAAUAGCAAUUGAAAGCUGACUGGAAGUAGUUAUGGAACACAGUGUAUGCUCUUAAUUUUUUUUUUUUUUUUAAUGAUAGCUUACCUAUAACAAGGUAUUCCAAUCACUGUAGAUUUUAUUUUCUAAUAAUAAUUGUAUUACUCCCAGGUUGGGAAGUUAUUUUAAUGUUUUAGUUUGUGUUAUAUUAAUAACUGUUUGCUCACGUAUUUUUUUAUUCUUUGUAUUGACAAGGAAAAGUGGGGCCAGGUCUGCACUACAGGUUACCUCACUUCUAUCAAUGCGCAGUGGUUUGCAUUGCUUACAGCACAUUUAUAUCUGGCAACUUUCUGCUUUUCAGUGCUUCUUGGAAUAGAUGGAAGAUUCUGUUAGCUACAUGUGUUGGGUUAUUUGGGGACAACUGGAUUGUCUCAAGGGAUUUGUGAAUGGUGUUUGGUCUAAUUCCUUCCAUGUUUCAGAAAAGGGUUGCAAGAAUUGUGCAGUUGUGUGGUAAUGCAUUGUGAUCCUACCCGUUCAUAAAUAAGCAUCCCCCCUGCCCCCAAAUUUUCUGUCUUUCCUGUUAUGGACACUAACAGCGCUCAUUGAGCAAAUUUGUGUAUUUGCACACCUUAUCAAAGGACAGUGAUAUCCUAAACCUCAUCUUUUGAAGAAAGGUGAGAAAGAAGGGAGAAGAUAGUAUGGGCCAAUAGAUAAAUGUUGUGAUGACCAAUUUGUGGGAUUUAUGCCCACAUGCAUAUGUUUUGUGUGAUAAACUACAGCAGAAAAAUACUGAUACUCUGAUAUUGUCUUAAACAUGAUAAUACUGUACAGAUUCCCAGUUAUUUUCAAUGCAGUUAAUGCUAAUAAAACAUAGGAUUAUAUUUCAGUCACAGGUGCCUCCAGUGAGCUGUUAUAAAAUAUUAGUUCCGACAAAGCCCUAAGAACCAGCCUCACAAGUUUUCAAUUCUGUGCUAUAGAUAGAUUCUUCCUGGAAUGCACUAGACCACAUAACUGUGAUGGGAUAUGAAAACUACAAAUCAGAAUAAAACUGCAGGAAAUGAAGGUUGUAGUAAAAUUGUAAUGGAUAUUAUUGGGCUUUUCUGGGUUGGAAUAUAUUAGGUAUAUUCAACUCCAGAAUCCUCUCCUGCACAGCCCCCUUUAAAAUGGAUAGGAUGUAAAUAAGAGCAACUGCGAUCAAAUCCCAUUAUCUUUGGUGAGUCUGUGCAGGAGACGUUUCCAACAGAUUGCACCCUUAGCCUUUGCAGAAAAUCUGUGCUAAACUGCAACAAAAUAUAUUUAGAACAAUAAUUGAUAUAAUACAGAAAAGUUGGAGUCAGCAUGGCAUAUAGUACAAAGACACUUUUAAAGUAGGUUAGUCAUAGUUUGGAUUUGGUUUGACCAAUUUCUUCCAAGUAUGUUUCAGAAAAUACUUUUUCUCAGUGCAACCUGGUCCUUUUUGGGAAAUAAUUAUAUGAUCCAAUGUGCUAAUAUACAUGCUACAGCAAGUGGCUUAGGUGAGACUCAACACAGUUCUCAUUUGCUUUAGACAUAAAUGGACAAGAUUCAUGCAACAGACUGCUUCUUAUACCAGUCAAAUAUUUUCACACUGAAUUCUGUAUAAAAGUUGUAUACUGUAGGUACUUGCCCUUUUAUUUUACAGCUCCAGAACAGUACUUGCAGUGUUAUUUUAAUCUUUUUUUUAAAUGAGUAGAGCAAUUUGCUGAUAGUAGUAUUUUUUGAAAAUGUAAAUGGGCUAGAAUAUGCAGUUUUUGCAGGGUAUCUAUCUUGGAAUCUGAUAUUACAUUCAAGAUGAGAGAGGUUAUAUAAUUUGAGCUUAAUAUAAAGUUGCAACAUUUAACUGAUCAGCAGAUUAAUUUUUUUUUUUUUUACUAAUUGGGUAACAUUUUUUUAAAAAACAAAUUUUUAAUAUAAGCACUUAUAAGAACUUCAGAUGGCAGGCACAAAGAAACCUAGUGUAAUAUUUUCAGAAUAUAAUAAUAGAAAUUUGGUACAGUUCAUGUGUUAGGGGUAAUUUCUUUAACUACUGAGAUCUGUAGUUACUCUGCCUUCCACAGAAGCAGCAAACCAAUCAGAAGAGCUAAUAUUUAAAAUCAUGGAAUUUGAAGACUUGAUGGCUGCAGGGGUCUCUGUCUUUAAAUAAUCUUUAUUAAAGAAUACUAGAAGUUGUUGAAAACGUUUCUAAAGUUUCAGGCUACUAUUGAAUUCUUGGAUGAUAUUUAUUAUAAAUUAGUUCUCUUGUGUACUUUCUGAGAAAACUCUUUAAGAUAUUUCCUGCAAUGGUAAAAAAAUAAACACUGUUCUGCUUCUCAUGACUAUUAUGCCUCUUCCUAUACAGAGGUGGUCAUCAUGGGGGAUGUGCAUGCUUGAUCCAGAGAGUCUAUUGAUACUUACUAACAAAAUGAACAGAACUGUUCCCUUCAAUCCAGUAUGAGAAUCUUGAAAGUACAGAAAAUAGUAAAGGAUAGAUUACUGCUAAGCCUGGAAGUUGAGAGUUCCUAGGCAUAAACAUUAGUAACGUGGAUUUUUAAAUGUUGGCUUUGUAUGGCAUAUAUAAAGUUUUGGUGUAAACUUUAUGAUGAUUUAGAAAAUCAUCUAAUAUGCAAAUACAAAAUAACUGAAGUGACAUUGUGUAGCUUUAGCACAAAUCUUGUGUACUGAAAACUUAAAAAUAAUGCAGCUGUAUCUGCAGCAUGAUUUUAUUAUUUAGAAAUAAAGAGCACUAAUUCUUUUGCAAGUAGAGAUUUGAGAAAAAUUCAGAUGUAACAUUUCCCCCUUAUUGACAAGUAGCUGUAGCAGCAGAUGAAUGCAAAGUGUUAAAAUGGAAUGAAAAAUCCAAAUGAAACUUUAGGAAAAGCACAAGCAGAACCUAGUUUCCUGCUCCUAGGCUUUGGCUAGAACCUGAAGAGUUUUCUUUAGGUUUGGGUAUUUGCAAAGAUAGGGGGUACAUCCUGUAGAAUAUGUACCUUCCUAGCCUCUUAAAUACUGUAUUGCAAACUGCAUUUGAAACUUCCUUCAGCUUCAAAAGAGACUUGCCAUAUGAUAUUAGAGUGUGGGCCAACAACUGUUUGGAAAACAGAAGUCCAAAAAUCCUCUGUGUGUGUUACUUAGUCACAUGGUGGUUUCAAUCCAUGCCUAUCCCAAAAUGUUACCAUACAUUCCUUGAUGAAGGAAAACACAUUUCAGCAGAAUUAGCUCAUAGACACUAUGAUUCAUGAUGCAGAAUUCUCUUCUAUGACUGUCACUGACUUGAUUUACUUAGCACUUACUUAGAGUUACUUAGUCCAGAACUCCUAGUUUCACCUUGUUGACAAAUGCUGACUGGGGGAGACAGUAGGAGUUCAAAAUAGCAUUGAAAAAGGUAAAUGCUGAAUUGGGUUUAAAAAUUUCAUGCAAAAUGAAAUUAUUAUUAUUAUUAUUAUUAUUAUUAUUAUUAUUAUUAUUAUUAUUAUUUUGCAUUUAUAUCCCGCUCUUCCUCCAAGGAGCCCAGAGCGGUGUACUACAUACUUAAGUUUAACUUAAAUGAGUUGCCUUUUACCAAAGAAUACAAGUUGGCUUUUCAAAUUAACUAGGAGGGGAGUUGUCUGCCAAUAUUUUAUCAAAGUUAAAUGUAAGAACUAGUAAAACACGGUUUUGCAAAGGUCUGUAUCUACAGUAUGUAAAAGUUCCUCAGGGAUAUGGGUGACUAUUCUGUCAAAAAUCUACAAAGUUAUAUAAGUUUUGUCUGUAUUGUGGAGGCAUCAUUGUAGCAGAUAAGGAGGAAGGAUGGAGGAAGCCGAUCAGAACAGAAGGUGAUGUAUCAUAAUUGGUCUUGUAUCCAAGACGACUAAGGUCCAAGCUGCAUGUUAUAUUAAAUGCACCUUUGACCCUGACAUGCUUGACUUUUAUUACUAAUUAGCAGCCAGUGGGAGGGGGUCUGGAUCAGGACUGCAGGGUGGAGUGAGGAUUGCUAAUCCUUUGCCUGCACUCCUGUCAUGAUCUGGAUAGCCCAAUGCUGCUUCCCACCCAAUGCUGUUUAGAAAAGAAACGCUAAGCAAGAGGAGCCAGUGGUACAUUUAACAUAAUGUGUAAUUUGGCCUCAAGGCCAUUACUUAUUUUCUGUAUGCUGUAUAUUUUACUUGUGUCUUGUCCUCUAUUAUCAGCAUCUAUUGCAUACAAUAUUUACAAACCCAGUGAGAUGGAAUAAAAUGUAUUCUGUGCAUGUAGGCAGAAUAGGCAGUCUUCAUUUGGUUGCUUAAUAAAGCAUUGUAAAGCAUUGCUAUGGAAGAGGCUGUGAUGAGAGUAGCCGAGCACUUGAAGGAUCUGGAUGAAUACUUGCAUAAGCAAGAUGAAUACUUGUCUGCUAAAUAUGGAUGUGUUUAUAGAAUUUUAUGAUGGCAUAAUGUUUUAUUUUUGGUAAAUCAGCUAUGAGUUCAAAAGAAAAUUUAAAGCUCACUAUAGCAGAUCUAAGCUGCUUACUCUGGAAAAGUUGUAUAAACCUGAGCGUGAAGCUAAACUACUAUUGAGGACAGUUCCUAGAAGGGGACGUGAACAUUCAUAAGCUACAACUGACAAAUUGUUUUAGUAAUGACGUAUAUGAGUAAUUCAGCAUGGGGGAAUACAGAUUAAGAACAUGAUUCUAGGUUGUUUAAAAGGGAUAUUGGGAGGAAACAGGAAAAGUGUAUUGCUUGAAAACACUUGGUUCUCUCUUUGUAGGAUAGGCAAAACUAUAAAAAAAAUCCUUAAAGAAUCUGAUAUCAAAGUGAAUUCUGAAUGUGCAGAAACAGAAGAAUUUAAUCAGUUUUGGUAUGGCUGUGAUUUAGCUCUUUGCCAGAUACUGAGAAGGGAAGCAUCUUUCUAUUAAAGUCUCUUUUGGAACCUGAACAUUAAUUUUAAAAGAAGGUAAAAUGAGAGCUGGUUAAUGCCAAUAAUUAGCCAUUUCACAAUCCUAGUUGAUGGGUGUGCACUCACAGGGCCUUGUGUUUUCUUAUAUGAAGAGAGUUGUUCCAUGUGCCUGUGAGGAUUCCAUGCUCUGUGUGUAAAACAUUCUCUAGGUCAGUGAUCUUCAUUAUUUUUCAAGUGAGGGCCACUUUGGCCAAAAAAAACACCCCCUGAAGAUAAGUGCCAUUUUCAACUGCAUUGAUCUCUGCACUGUGUUGCACUUUUCCCAGUGCCAGAGGGGCCCUUUAAGAGAAAUGAAGCCCUAUUGAGCCCCAGUACCAUCCUGCAUGCAUGGAGCACUGGGCAGUGUAGUCCUUCCCAGUGCUUCCUCCAUAAAGGGGGAGCGAAUGCACUGGAGUGGUUAGCCCACCCACGCAGGACUAAGUGCAAUAUUGUGUGGUGGAAACAGUCACCUUUGCCAGGAGGCUGUGUGGCAUAUUUGGCUUCAGCUGAAGGCCUAAUGAACAAUUAGACAGGGAGCCACACUUAGGGUGGAUGGGAGCUGCCGUUGGCUCUCAGGCCUUUCAAUGAAGAACACUGCCCUAUCUUAUAGAAGAAAUAUAAUGGGUAAACCCUUGAUGUGCAGAGCACUAUGUGUGCAUCAUAUCUUCUGUGUCCAGUAAAUAGUAUCUGAUCCUUUUGUGGAACACAAAACUGGUUAUUUUUAUUUUUACAUCGCUAACUUUAAAUCUCUUUCUUUUUUGAUAGAUGUAGAAUAUCCAUAUCUAUAUGUCUAAGUCAAAAAAUUUAGCAACUCCUUUGUGACUUGGAAAACAUGGCUGUUCUUACAGACCUACAUGGUGGUGCUGAAUGAAUUGUGUUCCAAACAGAUAGCUUUCUCUUAAAUUUUCUCUUAAAAUUUACAGAGGUCAUGCCCCUUCUCCCUCCACCUCCUUUUGGUCAUUUUAUUUGUUUCAAGUUUUCUGUUCUCCAGGCAGGUUCUUUAUUGUUAACCUGACCUUUAUUCCUUUUUAUUCUAAAUCUUCUUUCGCUCUUUCUUUCUUUUGCUUAGACCAUGUUCUUCUGGUUGGAGCUAGGACCCUGGCAGCACCAGCUCUCAGCUGCAAUGUCUCACAGUGACCACUGGGAGUGGGGUGGGUCAUGGAUAAAAGUGCUGGAGUCCCCACUUUUUGUUCUUCCAGUGUUAGUCUCCAUUUUGUCUCUCUAGAGAUGGCUGUUUGUUUUGGUCUUUGUCUUCAGCCAUGAAAAUUAAGCUACAGGCUUUUUCACAUUUGUUUGUAACCUUUUCUUUAAAUAAAUCAUUGCAGUCAUUCAGUACUAAAGAACUGUCUCAAGAACUCUUGCUUCUGCUUUCUCACCAUACUGGUUUUGUUCUGCUAUUUGGGGACUGAACGGCCAUUCUUCCCCUAUACUUAUGCCUUCUGUCAAGUCAUAGGUCAAUACUAUAAACGGGUGUAGAUGUAAUAUUAACAGUUAUGAAGGAGUGGGCUGUGGGAUCAUGUGUGCUUUCUCCUCUCUAUGUGAAUUCCUGCUGCCCCCUGCCCCCCACCAGCUUCAACUAUAGCUAAGGAUUACAUCUGUAUUUAUCAUGGUUAAUACUAAUCCAGGAUUCAUUCUUAAUCAGGAUUUUAAAUCCAUUUCCAUCCCUUGUUUCAAAUUUGGUUUAAGUGUAAUUCCUGAGUCUAAUUAUGAUUACUGUUGGUGCCAACAUAACCCUAAACUAUUUUAUUGGCUGUUCGGAAGAAUUAAUACCAGAGGAAGGAGUGAGCAAUCAUACAACUGACUCCCAGUUUCUGAAUCAUGACUAAGGGUUCAGAACACCACUCAGAAUCGCAAAAAGACUGCACUGGCCUCUGGUGCCCUGAUGGUCAUACAAGUCUGCUUUCUGUAUCAAGUUUGCUUUUUCCACUGGAAACAGUGGAUCAGCCUGAAUACUCCGUCUUCUAGCUAGAGGAUGACUUGAAUGUUUGAUGCCUGCCCAUGUUUAAUGCAGCACCAAAGACUUCUUGUUGAGGUAGUUUCACUAAAAUGUUGAUAAUAGGUUUGAGAAACUGAGUGCCCAGUGGGGUAGGAAGGUGUGGGAUACAAACUGAAUAAAUAAAAUCAUGGCAUUAGUUGAGUAUCGUAAAAAUAAGUAACAGCCUACUUCAGUGAAAAUUUUAAAAACACAAAAUUAAGUUGGGGAUUGUUCUUGGAGGGUUUUUUUUUUUUUUUAAACUUGGAUGUUUUUAAAGUCUCUUUCUAAACGAAAACAGUUCUAUAGCUCAACUUAAAUACAGCAGAUGUGUAUGAUAGGACAUUAUAUUGAAUGGAAGUCCUUAGUUGUUGACAGUUACCUACUGUAGAAGCAUAAACUGAAGGUUUAUUACUUGAUAAAGUAUACAGUACAUUCAAUAGUGCUCUCUGCUUAAUCAAAAUUGUGGCAUCAAUCUAAUUCAGAUCCUGAGUUUUAUCGAAAAGCAUUUAUUGUAAAUCUUUUGAGAGAGGUUGGAGAAGUGAGAAGGGCUCUGAUAUUCUACUCACACUUGUGCAAAUUGUGAUGCUUGGGCCAACAGAGUGUUUUAAAAAUCUGACUGGCAGAUUUUAAGGAUGUAUCCAAUAUUCUCUCUAAUCUUUUUCAUGUGUGUGUGUAAUAAUUUUUGUUCUGGCCGGCAGUAUCAAAGCAUUGUGUGCUCAUGUAUAUUCAGAGCGGGGCCUUCCUAAUUCAAUCUGAGCGGGAUCUAAAAUUAACUGUGCGGACAUAAAAAAAAAACUUGUGUGUGUACACCUUAGAGGGAAGACUGGAUGUAUCGUUUUGUAUUGGAUAUGUAUAAACUAACAAUGUUUAAUACAAGUGGCUGAGUGUAGUGCUCGUUCUUAUAGGCAAGGAAGGAAAGUAUGAUAAGAGCAGAAUAAAUUUGAUAAAAUGGUACAUUGGAAAUGUACUACUUGUGACUUGCAAAACAGUGAGAGCUCCAUUUGUAUUGUGAGAGUCUGAAUGUAUAAGCAUAUGGCUGUGCUUCUAAUACUGCAGAGGGUUUUUUUUGGUCAGAUAUUUGUGAAUCUGGAGGUCUCUUUGGAGUAUAGAAAUAGUAACACUGAAUGAAUGAAUGAAGUGUAAUAGGUUCUACUACAAUAACUGAGCACAACAGAGAACAACCAACCCUUCUCUUACUCCUUGUCCCUACUGAAAUAGCACCCUAUGCCACUGCAAUGGCACCCUGGGAUGUGCAGGUAGGUGCUCGGAUGAUUGCAAAAUGCAUAAAUAAUAUGGAAAAGAAGCAUACCAAGAAUAUUAGGCUUCUCCCUGAUACACAGGUUUUCCAUAUGGCCUAAACCUUUUUCAUGAAGGAAUGUACAAAUUAUGUGGCCCACAACAGCAAUCUAAUGUAACACAGUACAUACACAGAUGUAUCAUUUGAGCAAGAAGAGGUCUUGCAUUCACAUUUUAAGUUGAGCAGCUUAACCACUCCCCCACCCCACCCCACCCCCAUCACCUGCUUAGAAUAAUAAUAAUUUGUUAAAGGUGUACAUAUGUGUUGGGGACAAUAUAUUGGCAAGGGGCUCAAAUGUAAUUUAACUUGAGACUGGUUUUUUGGUAAAAGAAGAGCCUUAAUUUGUUAAAUGCCAUAAUGUUUAGAAUGCCUUAAGAAACAUGGUAUCAUAAGGAAUGGGCACUCAUUAGAAUCUGUGAAUGUGCAACUUCCCCCCUAAUCCCCUGGUGGAUUUUUGUUUUAAGCCACACCAUCUAGAGAUUUGAGAAUACAGAAUUUAACUGGUUAGCACUAAGUUGGCAAGGGGGUGGGCUUAAUUCUUUGUGCAAAGGAGGAUAAAAAAAUUAAAUGUCUUUGAAGUAUUCAUUUUACAUGUUAAUGUAGGUAAUACCAAUUUUUUUGCAUUGAUUGUAUUGUGCUGUUUGAAAACACUGUAUACAAAAACAAAGUGGUACCCAUAGACCAGAUUAAUUUAUUUUAUUAAUAUUGUGGCAAGAUAGAUCAGCUUUGGCUGAGGAUUCAGUGUCAGUUCUUUAAGAAAUGUUGAGAUAAAAAUAUUGACCAGCAUUUGUGCAAAAAGUUUUUUUAUUGUAUGUUUAAGUGUGUGUCUAAUUUUGUAGAUAAAAAUUACUUAACAGUUGUAAAGAACUUGGCAAAGUUUAACUCUUGCAGUGGCAGGAAAAAUGCAGUUGUACAGGUCUAUGUGUUGGUGUUUCUUUACAUUAUGUGUUAAAGGUACAUUAUACCUUUCAAAAUAAGGAGGAAGCCUACCAACAAGCUAAUGAAGUGCCCACUUGAAUUUUUAUGGUGGGAGUAUGUCUCUACAUCUCUACUUUCUCUGUUUCUACUGUUUGGCUUGCAUUUUGAAUUAGAAGUUGCUGCUCAAUCCUUUGAAGGACAAAACUGCUUUCUGUAAGCAUUGUAGUGGGAAACUACAUGUUACAUUCAAAUGGGUAUAGAAAAUCCCUGAUCACAUUUUAGAAAGACAAACAGCUGAAGGAGGGACCUGUCAUGAAUGAAGAAGCACUAUGUGAUGUAUUUUUUUGCCCCAUCACCUGCUUUCCAGUUUCAGAUAAUCUCAGUUGUUUUUCUGAGGCUUAAGACUCCUGUUUUGCAAGAGCAAACUUAUCUGUGGGGGCUGAUUUCAGGGGUGGGGGGAAGCUGGCUGGGAAUAAGUUGCUUAAAGCUUACAUUUUUAAAUUUUCCCCAUCAACCAAAAAACUGUCAAACUUCACAAAACACAUUUGCAUGUAACAUGCACUUAGACCCUAAGCUCUUUGUUGGUUUCUUGAUUGCUGCUUUAAAAAUAAAUCAGCCUUAGUAGUGCAUGAUCACCUUAAGAGGUGAAAAAUUCCUCAGUAGGCAGGGUACUUUUUAAUCUUACUUACUUAUACCCCUCAUCUUUGAAUAAUUAAAUGACUGUUUUUAAACUACAAGUGGCAUGUUCCUAAUCUGCAUUACAAUUUGUAGAAGAAAAGUACAAAAUAAAUUUUAUGCAUAUAAUUAUUUGGACUUCACCACUAAUGGCUGAAAAAUCAUUAUGAAUUUCCUAGCAAAAUGCCCACCAAAUCUGGGAACAUGUUGAAUGUGUGAUUCUGAGUGCUGGACGCUGCUCACUUCUGUAUGCCCUUUGCUUCCAGCCCUGUUAAGCAUGGCACUUUGCACGUUAGCAUGCAAAUACACCUAAGAUUUGUGUAAUAACCACUGAUGCUGUAUAAACAUUGAAAGCUCCCCAAAGCAAGGAUUUUUCACUAUGAAUUUCCAGGGAAAGGGGGUCGGAGAGCCAUAUUCCAAGUAAAAACACACAGGAGCUAUUCUUACGGUCAGUGGAAAGUGGGCUAAGGGUGCUUAGCCUGCUUUCCACCGAUCGUGAAACUCACCGGGCUCGCAGCCGAGCCCGGUUGAGUCAAAGUGGGUCACCCGCUUUUGUAGCCCUCUGCGAACCUGGGCUUCCUGAUUGUGAGUAGCCAUGGCAUGGCUCUGUACUGUGGCUACUCACGAGUAGACCCCUGGAGGGGAGGCGAAAAGCCACCUCCCAGCUCUAGGGGUCUCCCCAGUAUGCCCUGCGUGCUCGUGCACGGCAUACUGGAGCUUCUGGGGGCCGUUUGGCCCCUGAACUCCCCAGCCCCCGGCGGCUCUGUCAUGGAGCCAGCAAUUGUGUGGGCAGCCGAUCCGGCCGCCCAAGGCUCCCACCCUGAUCAUCUGUGGGGAGAGGGGGCUUAGCCCGCUCUCCCCGCUUAGCUUCACAAACUGGGUCUCACUGAUUGUGAGACCCAGCUUACAGUCUGUUACCUUUUCCUCCCUCUCAGUACUAAAAAUCCUGACAACUUGGUUUAGGAGGGAAAAGUAAAAUGGUCAUUUAACAUUGACAAAUUGUCUCAGGAUUGGUUUUAUGAUUAAGUGGCUCCAAGUGACUUUCAGUGCAGAAACAAAUGGAAGGAAUUUUGCCUUCAUUUUCCUGCAGUGGAUGUGGUUUUGCUACUCAAUAACAGGAGGGAGAAGAAAGUAACAAGAAUCUAAUACUAUCACAAGACCAAAGAUUCCAGCCAAAUUCUCUUCAUUGUGUAGUAAUAAAGAUUGAACAGGACUGAUUAAACGCUGUUGGGGGAUGGGAUUUCCUUGCACAUUAAUAGACCAACAUGGAUGUCUGCAACCUGCAUCUACCUUGCCCACAAAUCUUCAGCUUUUAUUCUCUGGAAAACAGCUUAGGGAAAAAUUGCACUGGCAAAUAGGUAAUUACACAUCCUUCAACUAUUACUUAUUAGAAAUGUUAUUUUGGGCACAAGCUGUAAGCUGAAUACCAGUUUUUUUGUUGCGAACUUUUGUCUAGAAUGUUUCAUGCUGGUAUUGAAAACUUUACUCUUUAAAAUAUUAAAUGUGCUGUUAUUUGUCUAAACUA